UGUUCAGUUAGAAGACCAGUAAACUAGAUUUCUUUCUCUCAGUCUUACUUUCUCUCAGUGUGUGAUGGCCCUGAAGCGAAGGCGAGAGUUGAGCACACUGAGGACGGAGGAGAGCAGAGCACGCUGGAGACUGACCAUCAUCACCAUCUGCUGUGUGCUGGCCAUAAUGGUGUCCUUGAUCGUGGGCUUGUACUUUACUGUUAGGGUGGUGAACAGCAAGUUUUUCUUUUGCUCUGGUUCUCUGAAGUUCAUUACAAUUGAGAAGGCUUGCAAUGGCAGGGCUGACUGUGCAGGCGGCGAGGACGAAAAUGUGUGCGUUUCCAAACUACGGAUCAAUGACACUUUUCCAGUGAGGCUGAUGGGGGACAGACUGGUCCUGCAGGUGUACAUUAAUGAGAGUGGAUGGAGAACCGUGUGUGCUGACAACUGGAGAACAAAGCACACGCGGUUAACCUGUCAACAACUGGGUUAUACAGUGAGUCCACGAAGUACACGAAUCCCAGUGAAAAGUUUGUUCUUUAACCCUCAAAAUGAAUUUGCUACAGUCGGCAAUGACUCCGCACAAUCUGACAUUCAAAGUUUCCUGUCAGCCAGUAAUAAAUGUUCCUCUGGCUCAGUGGUGUCUGUGUCCUGCUCAGACUGUGGGGAGGUGGUGGGAGAAGACCGUAUUGUUGGUGGAGUGGACACAUCAAUCGAGCACUGGCCGUGGCAGGUCAGUCUUCAGUUUAACCACCGGCACAUGUGUGGAGGAUCUUUACUGUCCACUAGCUGGAUCGUCUCAGCGGCUCACUGCUUUACAGGCCGGACACAAGAGCUGAGUCGAUGGACUGUGGUGUUGGGUCAAACCAAAGUGAUGGACGUCAUCGGUGUCAGUGUAGAGAUUAUUGUUAUCCACAAAGACUACAACCGUUUGACUAAUGACUUUGACAUUGCCAUGCUGAAACUAACCUGGCCUGUCAAAACUGGAGAAUCGAUCUUACCUGUUUGUUUACCACCGCAUCAGCUGGCCAUAAAAGACAUGCUUGUGGUGACUGGAUGGGGAUUGCUAAAAGAGGGAGGUGCGCUGCCCACAGUGCUGCAGAAAGCCUCUGUGCCGCUGAUCAACAGGUCUGAGUGUUCCAAACCCACUAUUUACAGUUCCAGCAUUACUCCCAGAAUGCUCUGUGCUGGAUUCCUCGAAGGAAAUGUAGAUUCAUGUCAGGGGGACAGUGGGGGUCCGCUUGUGUACCUCUCAUCUCGUUGGCAGUUAAUAGGCAUAGUGAGUUGGGGAGUGGGCUGUGCACGUGGGGGAAAACCUGGAGUUUACUCUGAUGUUACUCAACUUCUAGACUGGAUCUACAGCGUAAUGGAGAAAAAUCCAUGAUGAUCCAUGGAUGCAUUGCUUCAUACUUUCAUGAUAGGAGGAAAGAAGAUGAGAGCAUCAGUAGUGUUCAUAAAUUUAGAUGUAAAAUUUUUAUAUUAAUAUUAUAAUCUUAAUGUUCAAUUUGGAAUGAUACCAAAACAUCAUGCUUUUUAAG